GAAGAAGAAGAAGAAGAAGAAGAAGAAGAAGAAGAAGAAGAAGAAGAAGAAGAAGAAGAAGAAGAAGAAGAAGAAGAAGAAGAAGAAGAAGAAGAAGAAGAAGAAGAAGAAGAAGAAGAAGAAGAAGAAGAAGAAGAAGAAGAAGAAGAAGAAGAAGAAGAAGAAGAAGAAGAAGAAGAAGAAGAAGAAGAAGAAGAAGAAGAAGAAGAAGAAGAAGAAGAAGAAGAAGAAGAAGAAGAAGAAGAAGAAGAAGAAGAAGAAGAAGAAGAAGAAGAAGAAGAAGAAGAAGAAGAAGAAGAAGAAGAAGAAGAAGAAGAAGAAGAAGAAGAAGAAGAAGAAGAAGAAGAAGAAGAAGAAGAAGAAGAAGAAGAAGAAGAAGAAGAAGAAGAAGAAGAAGAAGAAGAAGAAGAAGAAGAAGAAGAAGAAGAAGAAGAAGAAGAAGAAGAAGAAGAAGAAGAAGAAGAAGAAGAAGAAGAAGAAGAAGAAGAAGAAGAAGAAGAAGAAGAAGAAGAAGAAGAAGAAGAAGAAGAAGAAGAAGAAGAAGAAGAAGAAGAAGAAGAAGAAGAAGAAGAAGAAGAAGAAGAAGAAGAAGAAGAAGAAGAAGAAGAAGAAGAAGAAGAAGAAGAAGAAGAAGAAGAAGAAGAAGAAGAAGAAGAAGAAGAAGAAGAAGAAGAAGAAGAAGAAGAAGAAGAAGAAGAAGAAGAAGAAGAAGAAGAAGAAGAAGAGAAGAAAGAAGAAGAAGAAGAAGAAGAAGAAGAAGAAGAAGAAGAAGAAGAAGAAGAAGAAGAAGAAGAAGAAGAAGAAGAAGAAGAAGAAGAAGAAGAAGAAGAAGAAGAAGAAGAAGAAGAAGCUUUAACACUAUCAAAGGAGUGACGAUCAAUGUACGUAUUUCCGGAAUUAGUGAAGAUAAUGAAGAAACAGAAGAAGUGUUGGAUGAGAAGAUGGUUGAACUAGCUUCGAACAUGGGUGGCGAUCAUCGUCUCCCUGUAAACACCGAGAUCGGGAUCCACCACUCAUUGUUCGGUUCAGCAGUAGGAAGAAGAGGAAUGAUAGUUUGAGAAAGAAAGCUAACUGCAGGAGGCCCGUUCCGUGGCAAACUUGAGGCGGGUUCACACGUGCCAAUUUGCGAAUGAAAUUGCAAGUCGGUAGAGUUUCAGACUAAACAUCGGUGCUAGCGACUGGAGAAACCAAUCGCAAUACAAGACCAACAAAAUCUUGCUCAGUCGAUUUGCGACUU